GCUUGCCUGAAGUUCUGGGUUCCUUCGUCUCUUUAUCUGGUCAUUAACAUUUAUAUUUUUGGAUGAUGGAAAUGCAGCAGAAACAUUCCAGAUCACUAAAUGUGUAUGAUAAUUCAGAGGAACUGCCAAAAACUGAAGACAUAUAUCAGUCUCUGCAACAAUUACCAACAGUAGCUGCAAGAAAGGCUUCAGGAAAGAAGAUUAUUGUUCUACUAUUGUUCAUCAUAAAUAUCCUCUUACUGGUCACCAUCCUUUUGGUCACUGGGAUACAUUACUAUCACUUUAGACAAAGUCAUACAGAAGUACUGACCAACCAGAAGUCUACCCUAGACAUGUGGCAUCUCCAUGCUGAAAAGUUCUAUUUGUUCUGGAGUAACCCAGGUGACUGUCACACAGCUAAAAGGUUUUGUGCUCAGAGGACGGCCGACCUCGCAACUGUAACAAAAUCCAACAUGGACUGGCUGCAAUCACGGAUCAAUGGAAAGCUCAUGCUGGUGAAAAUGAGCCAGUUCCAUAGUUCUGGAGAUGGUUUCAAAAACUUAAAGGAUUAUGAUAUGGAGGAUGAUCAGGAUGAGGAGGAAGAAACGUCUGAAUGUGAGCCCUUGGGUGCAACAGCUGACCUCAGUGGAAAGGUUGAAGGAUGGAUUUGUGAGAAAGCAGCCCAGAGGUUGAAUUAAACACCACACAACCAAAACCACAUUGAAGUUUUGGAUUUUGGUGCUUCUUAGAAAUUGGAGUCCCAUUGCUUAAGAUCUCUCCAGUGUGCACAGACAAGAGAGCAAAAUAGUAAAUUAUUGAAAAACAUUCAUAAAACGUUUUUUUUAAUUAAUCUACUGAAACUUUAAAAUUAAAUGUGACAUAUUAAAAUAAUAAUAAUAAUAACAAUAAUAAUAAUAAUAAUAAUCAUUUUUAGCAAAUAAAUAAAUCAGUCAUGUCUGAUAAAUGUUUAUUGAUAUGUGUGUUUGAUACAGUAUGUUUGGUGCAUGAAUUUUUAAUAAAAUCUUCAACCUAAAAUUACAAAACAAAAUAGCUAUACAUGUUUUUGGUUGAUAAUGGAAUUGUAAUGUGUGAUCACAAAAUGACCUGAUCACAUUUUUAAUUUGUAUAAUUACAAGAUGUCAUAUAUGUAUAAUUAUGAACUACAGGAAAAGUUGAUG